GCCGACGCCGCGAGCGCGGGGGGCGGCGCCUUCGCGCGCGGCGCCGCCGGGUUGGGUGGCCGGGUCGGGACGGAGGCAGACGGGUGUGGGCCCGUACAUCCGCCUUCGGCCGACUGUUGAGCCGAGGCAUGGAGAAAUGUUCUCUUGGGGCCAGAGUCUGGGUAUAUGUGAGUGCAAAUCCUCACCCAUUCACAAAUAAGCCUAGGAAUCUCGACUGAGAGGAUCACUUCUCUGUAGGCCAUUAGCCCAGAUAUUGUCUCUUCUGGAUACAGGUGCAGAAUGAGCACAUGUUGUUGGUGUACGCCAGGUGGCAUUUCCACCGUUGACUUCCUACAGCGCUAUGCAUCCGAGACCCACUCCAGUGAGUUUCAAACAGCUAAUGAAGACCUCUGCUACUGCUUAGAGUGUGUGGCCGAAUACCACAAAGCAAGGGAUGAUUUACCAUUCUUGCAUGAGGUUUUAUGGGAAUUAGAAACCUUACGUCUCAUAAAUCACUUUGAAAAAUCCAUGAAGGCAGAAAUUGGAGAUGAUGAUGAAUUGUAUAUAGUAGACAACAAUGGAGAGGCACAACUGUUUGACUUUACUGGCCAAGACUUUGAAAAUAAGCUUCGAGUUCCUCUUCUUGAAAUACUGAAAUAUCCUUACCUGCUUUUACAUGAGCGUGUUAAUGAAUUAUGUGUUGAAGCACUUUGUCGGAUGGAACAAGCUAAUUGCUCCUUUCAGGUUUUUGACAAACAUCCAGGCAUCUAUUUGUUUCUGGUCCAUCCCAAUGAAAUGGUUCGGCGUUGGGCUAUCCUGACCGCAAGAAAUUUGGGAAAAGUGGACAGAGAUGAUUAUUAUGACUUGCAGGAGGUUUUGACUUGCCUUUUUAAAGUCAUUGAAUUGGGGCUUUUGGAAAGUCCGGACAUUUAUACUUCUUCUGUCCUCGAGAAGGGUAAACUGAUUCUUCUGCCCUCACACAUGUACGAUACCACCAACUACAAAAACUAUUGGUUAGGUAUUUGCAUGUUGCUGACCAUUCUGGAGGAGCAGGCCAUGGACUCACUGUUGCUGGGCUCAGACAAACAGAAUGAUUUUAUGCAAUCAAUACUUCACACCAUGGAGAGGCAAGCAGAUGAUGAUAGUGUGGAUCCUUUUUGGCCAGCAUUACACUGUUUCAUGGUGAUUCUGGAUCGCCUUGGAUCUAAGGUCUGGGGUCAACGUAUUGAUCCUAUUGAGGCAUUUCAAACCAUUAUCAACAAUGUGAGCUACAAUAAAGAGAUCCAAAAUAUACGGAACAGCUCUGUAAGGACCAAGUUAGAACCGGAGUCAUAUUUGGAUGAUAUGGUGACUUGCAGCCAGAUUGUAUACAAUUAUAAUCCCGAAAAGACCAAAAAGGAUUCAGGGUGGAGAUCAGCCAUUUGCCCCGAUUAUUGUCCUAACAUGUAUGAAGAGAUGGAAACAUUAGCCAGUGUGCUUCAGUCAGAUAUUGGUCAAGACAUGCGUGUUCAUAACAGCACCUUUCUGUGGUUCAUCCCUUUUGUUCAGUCCCUCAUGGAUCUUAAGGAUUUGGGUGUGGCUUAUAUAGUAGAGGUUAUUCAUCAUCUGCACUCGGAAGUCAAAGAUGUCCUCAACCAAACAGAUGCCAUGUGUGACAAAGUUACUGAAUUUUUUCUUCUGAUUUUGGUGUCCGUGAUUGAGCUGCAUAGAAAUAAAAAAUGUCUGCAUUUGCUGUGGGUUAGUUCCCAGCAAUGGGUAGAAGCCGUUGUAAAAUGUGCCAAGCUACCUACCACUGCAUUUGCACGGAGUUCUGAGAAGUCAUCUGGAAAUUGCUCCAAAGGAACAGCAAUGAUAUCAUCUCUGUCAUUGCAUUCAAUGCCAUCAAAUUCUGUACAACUGGCUUGUGUGCAGCUGAUUAGAAGUCUCCUUAAAGAAGGUUAUCAGCUUGGGCAGCAAACUUUAUGUAAGCGAUUCUGGGAUAAACUCAAUUUAUUUCUGCGUGGAAAUUUGUCUCUAGGUUGGCAGUUGAGUACUCAGGAAACCCAUGAGUUACAAACUUGUUUAAAGCAAAUUAUCAGAAACAUAAAAGUCAAAGUACCUCAAUGUAACACUUUCGUGGAUCUGAGUCCUGCAGGUAAAAGCUCUCCGGCAUCUUACAGUAAAGAAGAAAGUGAACAAAUAGAGAGGAAGUCCAAUAAAGAUCUGCACUGUCUGGAAAACUCCAGCCCAACAUUUUCUAAAGAACCAAUGAAAGCUGAGGCAUAUCAAAUACAAGAGAAUAUAUUGAUUAAAGCAAGUAACACGACAGAAGAGGAUAAUGAGCAAAAUUAUAUAAAAGAUUGGAAACUAGAAGAUCAUCUCUCAGCCGAGUCAUGCAUAAAGAAGAGUAGUAAAAACCUUUUCACUGAAAGAGCUCAAGAUCAAGUUAAAAUAAGUACAGGGAAGCAGAAGUCUGUGAAAGAGAAUUGUACUUCAAGAAAUGUACUGCAGAAUUGUACUUCAAGGAAUGGUCCAGAAAGGGGAUGUGACAGAGGAAUAAUAAUGUCAACACAUUUGUUGACCGACUCUAGCACUGAUUCUCUGGAGAAGUCGUGCACAUCAAAUGAGGAUUUCUCUUUCAAGGAUGAUGCUCUUGGCAAAACCUCAAAAUCAAAAACUAAGGCACAUAAAAAUGAAAUUUGUGCUAAGUCAUCACAUGUAAUAAAGAAGCAACACAGGAAAAGUACUUUGAUCAAUAAUACUGGUAAUUUAGAGGAAAACCUAACUGUGUCUAACAUUGACUGUUUCUAUUCAAGGAAAGAUUCAGGAGGUCAGAAAGGGGAUGGCUUCAUGCACAAUCUCUCUUUAGACCCUCUCGGCAUUCUGGAUGAUAAAAAUGGGGAACAAAAAUCUCAAAACAGUUCAUUGCUGAAAAAGAAACAACUGAAGAGUGAAGAGUUAGAUAUUUGCUCUUCCUAUGAAAACAGGUAUCAAAUGCAGGAAUGUCACAUUGAUGAUAAAGAUUUGGUCUCGUUUACAGAAGUGACCAACACUUUCGUGAAGAAAAUGUCUCCCUUCAAAGAUCCUGUGACUGUUCUUGAAUCAAAAGAUAAGGAAAUUAGCAAGAAUACCAGUCAGAUGUCUUCUCACUUGAGAGAACAGGCUCCUGGCCUCAGUCCUCAGUCUGACACCUUAACAGAUUCUCAGAUAGACCAAGACCUCCACAAGUUAUCUUUAAUAGCUCAAGCCAGCGUUAUUAAGUUCCCAUCAGAUUCAACUCAAAAAAGUUCAUCCCAGCUACAAAGAAGAGUGAAAGAUGACAGAAGAUGUUUCCCGGCUGACCAGAAUAAUACUGGGGAAGCCUGUCGGGGCCAGAUUAUUAUUAUUUCAGAUUCUGAUGAUGAUGAUGAUGAAGGAAUUCUGGGUUUUGAGAAACACAUUAAACAAGAUAAAAUAGGCAUCAAGAAAGAAUGCCUGGAGCAGCAUACUUCAAUAGCUAGUCCGAAUGUGGAAAAGAAGUUAAUAAAGGAAGAGGAGACAAAGCCCGUUUUGCAGUUGGAAGAAUCAGAUUCUCAGUUUUUUGAGUUUGAAAGUCCAUGUGAGAUGUUUUCAGCUUGGCAAGAUCAGGAAGCAGAGAAGAAUUCAGUUCAAGAGAAUGAAAAAAAUUCUUGUUCAGCUGGCAUAGCUGAUACCACGAAUGAUUGGGGUUAUGAGACAGAUUAUGUAUCUGAAGAGGUUAUUAAGAAGGUAGCAGAGGGCAUUGAAAAACACACAGAACCACAGAGUAGUAUUUCUGUUGGGGAAUUUUGUGAAAUUGAAGUAAAAAAACGUAAGAGAAAACGAUUUGAAAAACCUAUGGCUGAAGGUCCUCUAAGGCCUUCACCUUCUGAUAGAAACGAGAACGAGCCUGAUAUUCUUAAUGAGAGAGGUCUGACUGAAAAUGAUUUUAAAAGUAUGGACCUAAGGACAGCGAGUCCCAGUUCAAGUGUUCAGAGAGACAAAGACACUACGGUUUCACUGAAGAAGUCUUCUCCAAAGCUUCGUACUUAUUCCAAACCCAUUAGAAGAGUCCCACUUCCUAAAACUCCUAAGAAAACACAUUCAGAUACCAAGAAAGGGCAGAAUAAAAGUUCAAAUUAUAUAAGUUGUAGGACAACUCCUGCUAUAGUUCCACCAAAGAAAUUUCGCCAGUGCCCUGAACCAACUUCAGCAGUUGAGAAACUUGGUCUGAAGAAGGCUCCUCGUAAGGCAUUUGAUUUGUCUCAGGGAUCUCUAGAGUAUGUAGUUCAGUUACGCCACCAUGGUCAAAGUGUUGGAGUGGUUGAUACUAGCAAAAAGACUAAGUUAAUUUCUCCUCAGACUCUCUCUGUCAGAAACAAUAAGAAACUGCUGACAAGUCAAGAUCUUCAGUUGCGAAGGCAGGUGAGACCCAAAUCACAACAAAAUAGACAAGGACUUUUGGAUUAUGAAAAUAAAGAUGCUACAAGAGCAGGGCUUUGUCCAGCACAGAAUUCUGACAUACUUGUCCCAGAAUCAGAUGGUUCAGAUCAUAGUUACAAAGGAGGAACUGAGGAGGUUGCUAACAACACUGGGAAACAAUUAAUAAAAUGUGUGUCUUCAGAACCAGAACCCAUGAAAACAAAAUAUGUGUCUCAGGUGACCAGUGAUGCUUGUCUUUUGAACCAGUCUGCUUCUGUUGUGUUGAAUGGAAGAAUACCAACAAAGGAAAUCAUUGUCUCUGCUUCAGCAGACCCCUUAGGAGGUGGUGACCCAACAGUACAUCAUUUAGAAUUGACAGUUUUGAAAGACGGAGAGCCUGAAUCCAACAGUGAUACAGAAGAUGAGAAUAUAUUUCUAACACAGCACGAUCCUGAAGAUAUGGAUUUGUGUUCACAGAUGGAGAAUGGUAAUGAGAAACUCAUUGAAGUAGUUCAUGGCAAAGAUACAGCUCAGGUGGAAGAAGAUUCUGUAAGUCGGCCUCAGUUGGAAUCUUGGAGUAGCACAAAAUGUAAGUACAAAGAUUGUGUUGAAACCCCGAAAAACCAGGGUGACUACUGCUCAAAACACUGUGAAGCUAAAGCAGCAGAUGAAGAUGUAUUUCGUAAACCUGGCUUGCCCCUUUCUGCAUCCAAGCCUUCGAGACCUUCCACUGCUAAGAUUUUUAGCUCAAGUAGUACUUCACGAAUUGCUAAUCUUUCCAAGUCUUUGGAAAGUGCCUCUGCACUUCCACCAGCUCUAAAAAAUAAGUCAAAUGGGGCACAGGCUGUUUUGAAAGUCCCACAGCCAGCCUCUGUGUUGUCUCCAAAGCCAGUGGGUGAAGUGAAGAGUUUGUGCAAUGUUCUUCACCCUCAGACUCCAAGUAAUUCCAUCAGGCAAAGUUACAAACUAACGUUUGGUGAAAGCAAAUCCUUCUCAGCUUCCUCUCCAGUCCACAUUGUCUUGUCAUCGCAGUCCAUCUCUGACACCUUUGUCAAAGAGGUCUUAAAAUGGAAAUACGAAAUGUUUGUGAACUUUGAUCAGUGCGGGCCCCCAGCAAGCCUUUGUCAGUCCAUCUCAAGACCUGUGCCUGUCAAAUUUCAAGAUUGUGGAGAUUAUUUUAAUGUUUUUUUCCCUUUGAUGAUAUUGAAUACUUUUGAAACAGUGGCACAGGAGUGGAUCAGCUCUCCAAACAAAGAGAAAUUCUAUCAGUUGCAUUUACGAAAAUUUCCUGCUGAUUAUAAAAAAUACUGGGAGUUUGUGGUUCAUCUUGAGGAAUGUGAACUAGCUAAACAGCUUCAUCCAAAGGAAAAUGAUUUGGUGUUUUUGGUUCCUGAAAGACAAAAUGGAGAGAAGAAAGAUACAGAGAGACAUCGCAUGCAGGAUCUCCGUGAAUAUCAUUGCGGUUAUAUUCAUAAGUUUCGCCGCACUUCAGUCAUGCGCAAUGGGAAAUCUGAGUGUUCCCUUUCCAUCCAGACUCAAGAUAAUUUGCCAGUCAAUUUAAAUGAACUCGUGAAAUGCGUUGUAAUCAGUUCUCUGGUAACUACACAAAGGAAGUUGAAAGCCAUGUCUUUGUUGAGUGGACGGAACCAACUGGCCAGAGCUGUUCUGAAUCCAAACCCCAUGGACUUCUGUACAAAAGAUUUACUAACUACAACAUCUGAGAGAAUUAUCGCCUACUUAAGAGAUUUCAACGAAGACCAAAAGAAAGCGAUAGAAACUGCAUAUGCCAUGGUCAAACACUCCCCGUCAGUUGCCAAGAUCUGUCUGAUUCAUGGACCACCUGGAACAGGAAAAUCAAAAACUAUUGUUGGCCUCCUGUACCGCCUCCUGACAGAGAACCAGAGGAAGGGGCAUUCAGAUGAAAACUCCAAUGCCAAAAUCAAACAAAACCGUGUCCUUGUGUGUGCGCCUUCCAACGCAGCUGUUGAUGAACUUAUGAAAAAAAUCAUCCUCGAAUUUAAAGAAAAAUGUAAAGACAAGAAGAAUCCUUUGGGGAACUGUGGAGAUAUAAAUUUAGUACGUCUCGGUCCAGAAAAGUCUAUUAAUAAUGAGGUCCUAAAAUUCAGUUUGGACAGCCAAGUUAACCACAGAAUGAAAAAAGACUUACCUUCUCAUGUUCAGGAGAUGCAUAGAAGAAAGGAAUUUCUAGAUCAUCAACUUGAUGAACUUUCCCGCCAGCGUGCUUUAUGCCGAGGAGGAAGGGAAAUACAGAGGCAAGAAUUAGAUGAAAAAAUUGCGAAAGUUUCAAAAGAGAGGCAGGAACUAGCUUCUAAAAUUAAAGAGGUUCAAGGACGCCCACAAAAAACACAGAGCAUCAUCAUCUUAGAGUCUCAUGUCAUCUGCUGCACAUUGAGCACAAGUGGUGGUUUACUGCUUGAGUCUGCUUUUCGUGGGCAAGGGGGUGUCCCCUUCAGUUGUGUCAUUGUCGAUGAGGCCGGGCAGUCUUGUGAGGUUGAGACUCUUACUCCACUCAUCCAUCGUUGUAACAAGCUCAUCCUCGUAGGAGAUCCUAAACAGCUCCCUCCCACGGUCAUUUCUAUGAAAGCACAGGAAUAUGGCUAUGACCAGUCAAUGAUGGCGCGCUUCUACAAGCUGCUGGAAGACAAUGUGGAGCACAAUAUGAUCGGCAGGCUGCCUAUUUUACAGCUUACUGUUCAGUACAGGAUGCACCCAGACAUAUGUCUCUUCCCCUCUAAUUAUGUUUAUAACAGAAGCUUGAAAACAAAUAGACAGACUGAAACCAAUCGGUGUUCAUCAGACUGGCCAUUUCAACCUUACCUGGUGUUUGAUGUCGGAGACGGUUCAGAAAGACGGGAUAAUGACUCAUAUGUAAAUGUUCAAGAAAUAAAACUGGUAAUGGAAAUAAUUAAACUUAUUAAAGACAAAAGAAGGGAUGUUACUUUCCGGAACAUUGGCAUAAUAACCCAUUACAAGGCUCAGAAGACGAUGAUUCAGAAGGAUUUGGACAAAGAAUUUGAUAGAAAAGGGCCAGCAGAAGUAGAUACCGUGGAUGGGUUCCAGGGCCGGCAGAAGGAUUGCGUUAUUGUUACGUGCGUCAGAGCAAAUACCAUGCAGGGCUCAAUUGGAUUUCUGGCAAGUUUGCAGAGACUGAACGUCACCAUCACACGAGCCAAGUACAGCCUCUUCAUCCUCGGACAUUUAAGGACCCUCAUGGAAAAUCAGCACUGGAAUCACCUGAUUCAGGAUGCACAGAAGCGGGGUGCCAUUAUCAAGACGUGCGACAAAAACUAUAGGCACGACGCAGCGAAGAUUCUGAAGCUCAAGCCCGUGCUGCAGAGAAGUCUGACUCACCCUCCUGCCGUAGCCCCAGAGGCGUCCAGACCCCAGGGCGGCUUGCCCAGCAACAAGCUCGACAGUGAAUUUGCCAAGACAUCUUUCACUUCUUCCCUGUAUCACACGCCCCCUGACUCCAAGGAAUCUUCUGGUACUGUCACUACAAAGGACCCUGAAAGGCCUCUCCUUCAGGACCGGCUUCGGGACCCACGACUGCUUAGGAGGAUGGGCCUAGACCCCGAAGCCAAAGGGGUGGGCCUAAGGGAUCCGCAGCCCUUGAGCCCCCAGCAUCCCGGAGCGACACCUCCCUCGGGCGAGCCAGGCUUCCCUGGGAGUCACCAGGAUCUGGGUAGCGCACAGCAGUCCACUGCCAGAGGAACCGCUCUGAACAACUACAAACCUCCCGCGCAGUGUGAACCUCCAGCUGCUGGGACUGAUGUCUCCACAAGUAAAAGAAGAUGUGACUGGGAAGGAGGGCUCAGCCACAGAAGAGAGACCCGGGCUUUCAGUGAGGGCGACCAGGACAGGUGGAGCCCGGAGAGCCACUACUUGAAGAGGAGCCCUGGCUGGGACAAGAGGGGACUGGAGAAGGAGGACUGCAGCUCAAAGAAAAGAAGGCUUUUAUAGUGAAGCCGCAUGGCACAGACUGUCAGCCACAGCAUCGUUGCAAACUUAAGCUGACCAGCUAGUGGGACUGUCCAGAUAAGAUCAUUUUUUUUCCUUAAAGGAGUUUGUGUGCUGUUGGAAAACAUGGAAAAUGUAUCCCAACACCUGAGCCUCUUGGUCAUCUUCCACAGUUUUUUUGUCAGUUGUAAAAGCUUUCAAGGGCCUUUGUGUGUCUGUAAUACUGUCCUUGAAGUCGGAGACUUAGAAUGUUGAGCUCCUGUCCUUCUGAGAUAAGGGGUCAGACUGAGGCGGGUGUUGUAGAAGUUGAAAUGUAUAUUUGUAUAGCAAAUAACAAAAUCGUUUUAAAAUGUAAUCUAGUAGACCGCUUUUCUUUCCCCUACUUAAAAUGUUAGUCAUUUUCAGCAGAACAAACUUUAUACUUAAAAAACAAAACAAAAAGGUGGGAGGAGGAGGGCAGGCCCUUUCAGAUGUUGUUCCGGCAAGACCUGUUCAGCAGCCCAGGUAUUCUGGGAGGCAGGGUUCAUGCCGGUGGGUCAGACGGCUGUAGUUCUAUUUAAGAAAACAAGUGGAGUCUCCUGGGGGAAACUUCGGGCAGCCGAGUCCUGUUCGGUAAAGUUCUGCUGCUGUUGGACGUUUUCAGAUGAGGCUCCUUGGUGCAGGAUAUUGCACUGCUCUGAUGAGUCCAGCCUCCUAUUUCAGGAAGCACAGGGUUUCUAGCUAAAAUUCGUGUUCCCCUUGAAAUAGACGAAGAUGAAACAGAAGAAUAAUUCUUGACCUACCAUUCAGAUGCCCCCAGCAUAUUGUGAGUGUCCCGUAACUGGUGGGUGGACAGGUCCCACGGUUGCUGGGGCUGGAGCAGCGUGGGGAAUCCCUGUGUGUGAAAGCCGGCAGGUUCCCGGGAGAAUCCAACCAGAUUGCUCUGGGGGAGCCUGGGGAGCUGCAUGUUAGAUGUCUACCCAGGGGCCUCGGGUCACCGACCUGGCAGCUUGGGAUCCAGGAGGGCCAGCCAGAUAGAAUACUGUAGGCGGGAAAGAAACACCCUUUCAGAAGAGAAGGCUGAAGGGAAGCGCAGACAUUGGAAGUUGAGACCCAGGAGGAGAGUUGACAGGUUUCCUGUGAUCUUUGGAGACUGUGUUAACUCCUGAAAAGAUGCCACUUUUGUAGGGUCAUCUGGUUAGAGGGGGUUGUGCUGUGGUUUGGGGUGCCGUGGGGAGGGGAUGUUUGAGUACCUGCACCAGGGGGGUGGGGGGGUCGCUCAUUGCAAAGUCCAGUUUUCCAAAUUCACAGACAUGAGAAAUAUGGUAUCAACAGUUUGCACCUAUCAGAACUAGUGGUUUGUAGGGAAUGCUGGGCAGCCCAGCCCAGCCCGUUGGCUAACUUGGUUAGGGCCUCCCUUUGAAGAUUACUGUGCACCGUUUGAAAUUUUGCCAUCUGCUUUUUAAGCAAAGAGGGCUUCGUGUCAGAAAAUUCUACUGAAGCUGGUUAUUAAAAGCUUUAAAUGUUUGAUUGCCAAAAGUUUAGACAUUCUGCUUCUUCAUUACUCACAUCACCCCAGCGGGGGUCUGCUGACGUCGAGCGGACACCCCCGGCCCUCAGGGAGCACACGCUCCGGCCCCACGGUCGGCCUGCUCCCUGCGUGCGGGUAGGGCAUGGGUCCUCGGCCGCAGUGUGAGGAGGUGCAGGGCGAGCCCCACCCUGUCCGGGUCAGGGGCUCUGUAAGCUUCCUGCUUGUGCCUUUGGCAAGGAAUGGCACUGUUUCUUUGAGUUUACUUUCCUUCUACUCUUCUUGAGCAGGUUCUUGGCGGCAGCGGUGUAAAGGGCCUAAACUCUGUAGGCUUAGAAAGCAGGCGUGACAGACACAGUUGGGGGCCAGGAACCUCUCCCUGCUGGUGCAGCACGGAGACUAAGAAAGAAGGGUUCCUGUUCCCAGCCGCGGACUUCGCUGCCACGCCCGGACUGUGGGCUUCCGACGAGCGUGACGUGUGUUCUCGUGCGCCCUGUCCGUCCGCUGGUUGCCCACGCUCCCCAUCCGAGCCUGUGUCCUGCCGACCUCUCCCUGCGAACGCAGGCCACCUGACACUGCAUUUGAAACUGUUUGUUGUUCCACUUGGUAAAAAAAAGUUGGUAUAAAGCAUUUCCUAUGUGUAAAUGGGGCCCUUCUCGAUGUGGCUGUCCCAGCAGUGUUGGUGAGUGGGAGUUAAUCUUGCAGAGUGAGGAAUACGGCUGUUUGCUUCGUCCUUGCCACGGCGCUACGAGAAAGUGGCCUGUCUUCACUGUUCGUUCUUUCAACAUGAAUAUAUUCUGCUUAAAAACUUGUUUUGCUUCUCUAUAUAUAAUUUUCCUUGGAUUUAUGUGCAUGGUUUAUUUGGUUCUAUGUUUUCAUGUAUCACCAGGAGCAAAUUUGAUAAGUACAUGUGAAUAACCUCCUGUAAAUGGAUUUUAUAACAAAAAUGUACUAAACUAUUUUCUAAAAUUA